AUGAAGCAAAAUUGUGAUAAUAAACCACUCUUCCUCAUCUCCAUAUUUCUCAUCAUUAUUAUUAUUCUCUUUAAUGUUACUGAGAGCACUGAAACUACAGAGUUUCAGCAGAGAGAGCUGUUGUCCUAUGGUGGUGAUCCUCUAGCCAUCGACCCAACCUUAGAAUUCCCAAAUCCCAGGUUGAAGAACGCUUACAUUGCACUGCAGGCUUGGAAAGAAGCCAUAAUCUCGGAUCCUUAUAGAAUAACAGAGAACUGGGUCGGAUCCGACGUGUGUAAUUACACCGGCGUGUUCUGUUGGUGGGCGCCGGACGACCCGUCGGAGCUCACCGUCGCCGGGAUUGAUAUAAACCACGCCGAUGUCGCCGGAACUCUCCCGCACGAGUUGGGGCUUCUCUACGACAUUUCCCUGUUCCAUAUAAACUCCAACAGGUUCUGCGGUACCCUUCCCCGGAGUUUCUCAAAUUUGAAACUCCUAUUCGAGCUGGAUCUCAGUAAUAACCGGUUCGCCGGAAAGUUCCCUUCCCCGGUUCUUCAGUUGUCCGAUCUAAAAUAUCUCGACCUCCGGUUCAAUGAGUUUGAAGGCGGGAUUCCGGCGGAACUGUUUGAGAUGGAAUUGGAUGCCAUAUUUGUGAACAAUAACAGAUUCUCCUCUGAGCUGCCGGGAAACCUAGGGAACUCCAAAGUGUCGGUUAUUGUCUUGGCUAACAAUCAGUUUCGAGGUUGUCUGCCGCGGAGUUUGGGAAAAAUGUCGGGUACGCUAAACGAAUUGGUUCUGUCGAAUAAUGCUUUUCGGUCGUGUCUGCCGAGUGAGAUUGGGGAGUUGAGGAACUUGAGUGUGUUGGAUGUGAGUAGGAAUAAGAUGGUGGGCGAGUUGCCGGCGGAGAGUAUAGGGAGAAUGAUGGGGUUGAAGGAGUUGAAUUUGGGGCAUAAUAUGUUCUCUGGGGAGGUGUCGGAUAAAAUAUGUUCGCUUGAUAGUUUGUUGAGCUUUGACUAUGAAUAUAACUUUUUUACCAAGGAUGAUUCCACUUGUCUCAAUUUGGCUGCUUUUGAUGACACCAAGAAUUGUUUGAGAGACAGGGAGGACCAACGGUCUGAGUUGGAGUGUAAGAGGGUGUUGUCCCAGGCCACAACUGUUAAUUGUAGCAAUUACAAAUGUGGGUCCCCACCAUAUCACCCCUGCCCAUCACCACCACCGCAACCAGAAUCACCACCUCCACCACCAUCAUCGCCACCAAAAUCACCACCACCUCCACCACCAUCACCGCCACCUCCUCCUCCAUCCCCGCAACCAGAAUCACCACCACCACCACCGUCACCUAGUCACUGCAACUGCAAUGUAACAACAUCACCGCCACCUCCUCCACACAGCAAUUCACCCCCACCCCCACCGCCACCUCCACCAACGGCCUAUACUCCACCUCCACCCCCGCCAUCUCCUCUACCGUGCCAAGAAAAAACGCCUCCACCAACCGAAAACUCGCCGUCUCCAUCGUCACCUUCCUCCAAGUUAACUCCACAAAAUUGAAGUUAAUUACAUUUGAGUUUCAAAUGACACCGUCCACUUGACCACUUAACAUCAUCACUUGUAUCGUCAUUGCAAGCU